AUGGCUGUCGCCCUACCACAGUACAACUGGAUAAUCGCCAUCAUCUCAAUCGCUUUCUGCUUUUCAUCAUUCUUCAACGGCGCCAACGAUGUCGCCAACUCGUACGCCACCUCGAUCGCAGCGAGAUCGCUCACAAUGCCCGAGGUCGGCAUCCUCUCUAUCAUCACAGAGUUCGUGGGCGCCGUGGCCCUCGGCGGCCGUGUGAUUGGCACUAUUCGAAAUAACAUUAUUGACAUUAGUCGCUACGAAGAGCGCCCGGCUACGCUGUUGUUGGGCAUGGGCUGUGCUGAGGCCGCGUCGGCGACGUGGCUGUACCUUGCGACGAUGUGGGGAUGGCCUGUGUCUACUACGCAGACGAUUGUCGGUGCCCUGGUUGGCAUGGGAAUCGCGUCUAAUACUAGGAUUGCGUGGGGGUGGUCGAAGGGCAGUGUCUCGCAGAUUGCUGCGUCUUGGGGAGCGGGACCUGUUGUUGCGGGUGCGAUUUCGGCAGCUCUGUAUAGUACGCUCAAGUUCGGCAUUCUUGAGCGGGAGAGGUCGUUUGAGAGGGCUAUGGCGGUCAUUCCUUGGUAUCUGGCCUUCACCGCGGCGGUGCUCGCGCUGUUCAUCACGAUUGAAGCACCGGGUGUUGGCUCGCCUGAGGAACUGGGAGCUGGCCGUGCUUGUGGUAUUGUUUUUGGAGUCUUCCUCGGAGUACUCGUCAUUGGCUACGUUUUCUUCAAGCCGUAUUUUCAUCGUCGACUCGUGCUACAGGAUGCACGAUGCAGGGUCUACCAUCUCCCUCUUGGCCCGCUGCUGUACCGGAAGGAUCCUCCACUGUAUUUCCCAGGUAAUCCCGACGGCGAGGUCGUGAUAAACUACUACGCACACAACAGGACAUCCGAAACAGCAAACAGCAACAGGGCAUCUAGAGCCGAAAGCAGCACAGUAAAUGGCCUCAACAGCGUCAACAGCUACAACGCAGCCAACCCACGACAAGCAAACAAAGCAGGCGAAGCCGGCAUCAGCACACGCAAGCCUCCCCUCGAGCCAGAAGUCCGCUUCCUCGCAUCCACAGCCGACCUCCCACUCUACCGCCCAGCUCGACUAUGGGCCUACACAAAAUACCACCUCCUGCAAGGCGUCACGCGAGACUGCGUCAGCCACGCGGACAGCCACGUGCAAGCAGUGCACGCCCGCGCCAAACGCUACGACAACCGCGUCGAGCACCUCUGGACCUACGCCCAAGUCGCCUCGGCCAUGAUGAUGUCAAUCGCGCAUGGCUCCAACGACGUCGCCAACGCCGUUGCCCCCUGGGCCACGGCCUACGGCAUCUACCAGACCGGCCUCGUGUCCGAGGGCAGCAAGACGCCUACGUGGAUCCUCGUUGCGGCUGGCGCCCUGCUCGGCAUCGGGUUCUGGUUUCAGGGCUACCAUAUCAUUCGGGCCAUGGGCAAUAAGAUUACGCAGAUGAGUCCGACGAGGGGCUAUGCGAUGGAGCUGGGCACGGCGAUUACGGUUCUGAUUGCUAGUCGGAUGGGCUUGCCGGUUAGUACGACGCAGUGUCUUACUGGGGCGACGAUUGGGGUUGCGUUGAUGAAUCUGGAUGUCAAGGCGUUGAAUUGGAGGCAGAUUGGCUUUAUUGGUGUUGGGUGGGUGUUGACGCUUCCGAGUGCGGGAUUGUUGGCGGGUUUGGCGAUGGGGAUGGCGCUGAAUGCACCGCAUUUUUAG